CGGCCACAGUAUCCUCGAAUUGCGACCGCAGAUCGCCUUCAGAUACAGCCCUCUCUCGCGACAAAUUGCGACCAACACGAUGCAGCCUACACUCGCCCGCAUGGUUGGUGGAGGAUACUUGGGAAAGGAUGGACGAAGUGGAGUGACGCCAUGGAGACAACCCGUUACAUACGAGACGUUCCGUAGCAAGUAUGGACCUCAGUACAAGAUCCCAUACACCUUCUACGGCAUCACUACGCAGCACAUUCUCCGCGCCGGACAACUUGCGGGUGGUUUCGGUCUGGCCGCCGGCAUCUUCGCCAUCUACUUCUUCGACGGCAUUCCCAAGGUCCAGAGAGACAUCCUCGACAAGGUCCCUUUCAUUCGAAGCUUCUACAACAAGGAGAUCCCGCCAGAGGACAACCCGUUCUAAGCGGAUCGCAUCGCAUGAGCUGGAGAGAAGUGGCUGUAAAUAAGAGCAUGGCGCGUGUACUCUAGACGGAUCACAAAAGUCAACACCUUCAAAAGAACCACCUUCCAAAGAUAAGACCAUCAAUCAAUUCUAUGAUCGACCUAC